AUGCGCUAACAACAACAACUACCACGGUUGUCAGAAGAUGAAUAAUUUCCAGGUCGCCUACAUACACAAUCUCGUAAACUUAAAUUUGGAAGUAUAUAAGUCAAUCAUAUGUUUAAUUUAGCCACCGAUAACUUCAAUAAGAAAUCAAAAAAACAGAGUCCUAUGGCUGAGUCUUAAUUCAUUAAAUAAAUCGAUAAUAAAUUAGAGCAAUAUAAUAAGGACAUUGAGCAACGCAAUGAUAUGAUUUAUACUAUUGAAAAAGGAUUUGAAUCUGUGAGACAAGAAUUGAUAAAAGAGAAAUUAUUAAAUGAAGAAAAAACUAAACAAUUAUAAGAUUUAGGAUAAUAAUAUCAGGCUGCACAAUCUAAACUCAAGUCAAUUCAUGAAUCUAAUAAAAAUAUAGGACAAUAAGGAAAUGAUAAAGAUAGAGACAAAAUCCAGCUAUUAGAAACUGUUUAAAAAGCUAUUCAAGCUAAAGAAUAUUAAUUAAAUUAAACUAUAGAUUAACUCAAUACCUAAUUGAAUGAUAUUGCUAAUAAAAUAAAAACAAGGGAAGAUUUACCAGACGAUUCUAAAAAAUUGAAAGAUUCUAUAAGAAAAAGUGAAGUAUAUAUAAAUAUAUAUUUAAAAGGAGAAAAAAUACAAAUCAUAAGCCAUAAUGGAUGAAUUGAAAAAGAAUUUAGAAUCUAUAUCUGCUGAGAAAUUAUUAAUCAAAAAUUAAAUGGAUCAAUAUAAAAAGGAAUACUUAGCUAAAGAAGAAUGUUUAUCAAAAGAAUUUAAUCAUAAUUAGAAUAAGGUUAAGGAAUUAUAAAAAGAAAAGAAUUAAUUGUAAGAACAAGUUAAGAAAUCACCUCUUAAUACAUAGGAUUAAAAUAAUAAAUUAUAAGAAGCAAUUAAUUAAUUGAAAUAAUAAUUAUCUGAACAAAACAAAUUAAAAGAUGUAAUAAUUUAUUUUUAUCUAAGAAAGAAAUAAAUUAAUGGAAAGUAAAUCUUGAUAUGUAAAUCAAAAAUAUUGAUUAAUUAAAUCAUCAAAUUGAAGAAUAUAAAUUAAAAAUAGAAACAACCUCUAAAAAUUUAAAUGAAAAAACAAAUUCAGUUGAAUAAAUUGCUAAAUCUAUUAAUGAAUAAGAAAAAAAACUAAAAGAUUAAUAAACAGAAAUUAAAUUAUUAAAUUAAAAAAUAGAAGAAUGUAAUAAAAAAUUAGGAGAUACUAAACCUAAAAAUAUGACAUAAGUUAUUGAAACUAUUUCCAUUUUGGAAAAAACUCAUGUAUUAAAUAAUAUCUAAAAAUAAUAUAGAAAGAAAUUUAAAAAGGUCUUGCUUGUACUUUCUGCAAUAAAUUCAUUAAAUAACCAGUUACUAUUAUACCAUGUGGACAUUCUUAUUGUUUUGAAUGUAAAAAAGGUUAUCAAAAAGAAUGUUUUAAAUGUGGACCUAAAUUGAAAAUUGAAGCAAUGUAUAGAAAUGAAUUAUUGGAUGAUAUAAUUGAAAUGGUUAAACUAGUAGAGUAAAGCAUUUUGAACAUGAAAUAAAUUACUUAAAAUUAAUGA